UUCAAUAUGGCGUCUUAUGGGGCAAGAUUGAACCUUUAUAAAAUCAUACAGCAAAGGAGGAAGGCACCUAAACCACGAGUUUUCCGUGAUCGGUCGAACCCUUUGGAGGAUAUGGAGGAGGAGGAGGUAUUUUCUCGCUUUCGCUUUCGACCGGAGACCAUUUUAUUCCUUGUCGGCAUGUUAUACAACGACCUUAACCAUCCAACAGAGAGGAACCUGGCGCUCCCCCCUUUAUUACAGGUUCUUGCAGCACUGAGGUUCCUUGCCACGGGUUCUUUUUACAUCCUUGUGGGAGAAUCCUUGGGCAUUGCCAAAUCAACGACUGGACGCGCUGCUCGCUAUGUUUGUCGCUUGUUGGCGAACAUGGUCGGUACAUACAUUCGUUUCCCUGCAGACACCUCAACUUUCAAGAAAAAGUUUUUCGAUAUUGCAGGAUUUCCAAAUGUUGUUGGCUGUGUUGACGGGACGCAGAUUAAAAUCAAGGCACCCAGUGAGAAUGAAGGAGACUUCAUUAACAGAAAAGGUUUUCAUUCGCUAAAUGUUCAGAUGAUAUGCGGACCAAAGUUCCUAAUUACAAAUGUUGUAGCCAAAUGGCCAGGAUCUGUGCAUGAUUCUAGAAUCUUUAGAGAAUCUGCUAUCUGCAGAGAGUUUGAGAAUGGACACAUUCAAGGUCUUCUUUUGGGGGAUUCAGGAUAUGCCUUAAAGACCUACCUGAUGACCCCAUACCUGAAUCCUGCAGCAGAUUUUAUGCAGCGCUAUAACAAUGCACACUGCAGGACACGUGUUCUUAUUGAACAAACUUUUGGGAUCUUAAAACGUCGAUUUUCCUGUCUACAUACUGAACUUCGACUUACACCUGAGAGGGCAUGUGUUGCAGUUGUUGCCUGUUGCGUCCUGCACAACAUUGGAAUUAUUCGGGGCGAUAUUAUACAGAACCCUCUGUUGGAGGAAGAAGAGGACUGGGUGGAUCCUGGUGCCAUGGGUGCUGAUGGCAAGACAGUACGGGAUCACAUUGCCCACAAUUAUUUUUAGCCUCAAGGACUUCCAGAUGGAUGGUGUCUGUGUCCCUUGUCCUUUUCUUCUUUCCUGAUCCAGCUGUCAAACUUGUGGAAGGGAGACAGGAGCCAUUCACUGCACCCAGAGUUGAACAGACAGGUUUUGAGGGCCCUGGUUCACUCUGCAGAACUGGCUGCUCAACUGAAAUAAAAUCAAAAUAUAUAUUUCCUCAAAUAAAUUACAGUCAUUCAAACAUUAAUGAAUAUUACUUGGAGUUUGUCUUAUUUUAAAUUUUCAGAUAGGUACUAAAUGCAUCUUGGAACAUUUUUUUUUUACCUGUUUCAGUGGCUGGAGUGUCAAAUCCUCCAUCUAUACCCUCUAAUGAGGGUCUUCCUGAAAGGAAGGACAACAUUGCUUCAUCCAUAGGUGAAGGUGAUGGGGGCUUUGGACCUCCUCCUGUUGCUGGGUAUCUGCCAGCACUGUUUAUUUUCUUUGCUGUUCAAAA